AUGGGGGAUGAAAAGCUCUGCUUUCUGCUGCUUUUAAGCACUCUUGCCUUGACUUAUGCUCAGCAGGAAGCGCCAUCAUGCCUGUUAAACCAAAGGUACAAAGCCUUCCACAAAUAUGAAUACCAUUAUGAAGCUGAAUCCCUGAACGCAAUCAACGGCGCAUCACAUCUCAGGAAUGGACCCAAAGCCUUUUGCAAGGUUGUGAUCGACAUGCCCCAAACUUGCAGCUUCAUUGUCCGUACCACAGGCUGCAGCCUGAGUGAGGUGGUCAGCACGGAUGUAGAGGGCAACCCUGUGUUCAGACCAGCACCCGGCUCUGAUGCCUUCGCUGCUGAAAUGGCGAAAUAUCCCCUUAAGGUCAUGGUUGAAGGUGUGUAUGAUGUCAAACUUUACCCAGAGGAGGGUGAGACCACAACCAUCCUGAACUUCAAGAAGGGUAUUAUCUCUGCCCUGGCUGUGCCUCUGCUUGAAGAAGACAAAAACAAGAACAUGCCCACAAUCCAUGGCAUGUGCAAGACCCAUUACUCUGUCAAUGUGAGACAGGACAUUGCUACUGACAUCAGCCUCACCAGAGAUCUGUCCAGAUGUGACAAAUUCAUACCCAUGAGAGACCACACCAGCCCCUUGGCCCUUAUCUCUGGCAUGCACUACCCUCUUGCUCAGCUAAUAAGAAGCACCCAGACAUGCAACUAUAAGUUUGAUAAUAAGAGAAAACACAUGACCUCUGGAUCCUGCAUUGAGAACCACAUCCUAGUGCCAUUCUCUCAUAAAGGAGAAUACGGUGUUACUAAUGUUGGCAAACAGGCUCUGACACUGCUUAAAGUUUCCGCCUUCAAUGAGAGAGUAUUCACACGCAAUGAGGCCAAUGUCAGGGGUCUGCACAUGGAGGCUCCUGAGGACAAAAAUGUUAUCCAGGAUAAAGAUGCUGGUCUGGCUCUUCUAAGAGAACUGGCAAAUCUUCCUGAGACAGAGGGAGAGAGGAGGGCUCACCUCUUCCACAAGCUUGUGAGCAUGCUCCGUGGAAUGAAGGCUGAGACCCUGAGGUCUGCCAUUCCCAAGGCUCUUGAAGUGUCCCGUGCCCUGACCUUCCAGGUUCUGGCCCAAUGUGGUACCCCUGAAUGCAGUAGUGCCAUCAUGCAGAUCCUCAGGACUUAUGACAGCUCCUCACUUGAAGUCGAUGCCACCAUCUUUGCACUGGGGCUUGUGUCUAAUCCCUCACCCCUUCUGAUCAACGAUAUGCUGGAGAUGGCUCAGUACAAAUCCAGCAAGCCCAUCAUGUAUGCCCUGAGUAAUGUUGUUAAGAGGUUGUACAAGGCUGAAGGGAAACUGAUCCCUGAGAUCCACUCUGUUGCUGAGUUCAUGGCUGCUCAGUUGGGUGACUGCUCCGGAGACAAGGAUCACACUUUCAUGACUUUGAGGGUUAUUGGAAACAUGGCUGCAGCCAUGGGUGAUGCCAGCCCUGCCUUGAGGACAGCUGUGAUGAAGUGUGUGAACCAGCCAGCUGCUUCCCCAACAGUCCAGCAGGCUGCCAUCCAGGCCUUCAGACUGACUCCUGUUCCUGAGGAGGGCAGAGAGGUUCUCAUGCAGGUUCUUCUGGACAGUGCUAACCCCCUGCAGAAACGUGUUGCUGCAUACCUGAUCCUGAUGAAAGACCCCCAGGCAAGUGAACUGGCUCAGCUCGUGGCUGCCUUGCCUGCUGAGCAGGACCAACAGGCAAAGAGCUUUGUCAUCUCCCACAUAACCAACAUCUUGUCUUCAACUGAGCCUGAGACCCAAGAGUUGAGGCAGAAGAUUUUAGCUGCCCUGCAGGAUAAUGAGAUUGGACCUGUCAUGGAUCCCACCAAGUUCUCUCGCAACUACAAGAUUGGCUCAGUGGAAAGCAACAUGAUUUUUGAGGGCACAAACUUCCUGCCCAAGGAGUUUAUGCUUGAGAUGACCCUGAAAGCUUUUGGCUAUGACAUUGAUAUGAUGGAGAUUGGCAUGGAGGGAAAAGGAUUUGAGCCAACUGUUGAAGCCUUGUUUGGAGAGAAUGGAUUCUUCCCUGAUACCACCCUGAAGACCAUGUACUUCAUCUCUGACAACAUGCCCCUUGGGUUUAGUGAGGUCCUGAAGAACAUCCUGCCCUCUCUGAAGAAUGACAGACAGAAAAGACAGGCUUCCCAGAGCCUGAUGAGGGAAAUUGGGCGCAACAUUAACAAACUGGUGAGGGAACUGAAGAGCCAGGAGUCCCCUGAAGCUAUGGUUUAUUUGAGAUUGUUAGGAAAUGAGCUGGGAUACCUAAAGACCAAUGACAUGGAGGAGAUGGCCUACUCUGCUGCCAUGAUGAUUGAGAGCAUGCUCAAGAUGUUCCCAACUGAUCUGAUGAAAGGAUUGAUGACUAAGACCGACAACAAAAUCUUUGCUCACUACAUUUUCAUGGACAAUGAAUUCUUUCUGCCCACUGCCACUGGUAUACCUCUGAGGAUUGCCUUGUCUGGUACCUUCACGCCUGGUAUCAAGGGAGGACUUAACUUUGCUCAUGACAUGAACGAGGUUAAUUUCAUGCCAUCCGCUGGCAUUGAGUUUGUGACUCGAGUGGGUUCCCAUAUCCCUGAUUAUGUCAACUCUGGACUGGAGAUGCACACCAAUCUUUUCCAUGAGAGUGGGCUGACUGCCAAACUCUCCAUUGGAAGCAAUCAUGUCAAGCUGACCAUUCCUCCUCCUAGACAUCCUACCAAGCUUCUCAGUAUCACCAAUACCCUGGUGGCAGUGACUGGUGCAGAAGUAAAGACUAUCCCCCCUGUGGUGAAGGACAAUGUUGAUGUUAAGGCAUGCAGUCCCUUCUUUGCUGGAAUGGAGUAUUGCACUGUUAUGCAGUAUAAUGAUGCUUUCUCUCAUGAGACAACCCCCUACUUCCCUUUCACUGGAGACAGCAAGAUGGCUAUAGAACUCCAUCCAACUGGUGAUGUCGUUGACUACACAGCCACCAUUGCCUAUGAACUCCUCAAGGAGGGAGAAGAGGGCCGCCAAAAAGUUGACAUGGUAAAGAUGAUCCUGAGAGCUGAAGGUGCAGAGCCCACUGAAGCCACAGCAACUGUAAAAUACAACAGAAGAAAGCAUGUCCUCACCACUGACAUCCAGAUACCUGACUACGAUGUGGAGGCUGGAUUAAGGCUGGGAGUCCUCACCAGCAACACAAAGGGCAAAGCAACUCACUCCAUUUCCCUGGACCUCAUUAACAAGAAUAUCCCUCAGCUCUCUCUGGUUGGCCGUGCCAAUCUGAAGGCCAUGAAGCAAGCUAUGCUGGAAGUCCAGCUUCUUAUCCCCUCCAUCAAGGCUGAUGCCACUGCCACAGCCAACCUGAAGCUUGGUGAGAAAAAGGAAUUAGAGCUCAAGAGUGAUAUCAAGUUCCUGGAGACAACCUCUGAGCAGAAGAUCACAGUGAAAUAUGAUGAUGACAAGAUUGAGGCUGAAGUAAAAUCUGACAUGAACUCUAAGAUCCUGGACAUCCUUCCAAAUGAAGACUUGAUUAACAAGUAUGUCAAUCAAGUUCUUAACAUGCGGGUCGGGGAGACUGACAUGAGGGUCCGUCACAUCAUUACCAAGUCUGUGGAGGCAACAAAUAACUACAUGGAAAAGUCCGCUUUCCACAUCCCCUACAUUCAGAACUUCAAAGUCCCUGAAAAGCUGACAAUUGCUCGGCCAGAGAAACUGUUCAUGAAUGUCGAGUCAAAGGCAGUCUACCACUUCAACAACGAGCGCUUUACCAUUGCUAUUCCUCUUCCACUUGGAGGAAAGUCAACAGAAGAUCUGAACUUCCCACCUGCCUUGAGCACCCCUCACCUCUCUCUGCCACAGUUUGGUCUUGAGAUCGUCUCCAUGAAGAUUCCCAUCCCUGAGCUUUUUGUCCCUGAGAGCCUUACGGUGUCAGUGCCUCUCUUUGGUAAAGCUGAGGUUUCAGCUGAAAUCGAGAGCAACCUGUAUGACUUGGAGGUCUCGAUGACUGCUGGAAAAGAUGUUGUAGAGACACCAAGCUACUCAGCCAUGUUUGAUGUGAAAGGAACGUCACCAUUGGAUAUCUUCUCAUUUAAGUUUGAUGGCUCUGGCAUGCUGUCCAACUCUGAGUCCAUCAAGGCCCAGUUGAAAAGCUCUUUAGCCCAUAAGUUCCUUGAAGCCAGUAUUACCGUUGUGGAGGAUGGAAUCAUCACAGACAAAAUCAGUGUGAAAUCCAGCAGUAAGAUGGAAGCCCAAAGUCCCUUCGGUCUCAAUAUUGCAUUAGAGCAUACUGGCAUGGUUGAUCUCAACACUGAACAAAUCUCUGCUGAUAGCAAUCUAGAGGGAAGAGUCAAAGCUGGACCCAUAUAUGGCAACACAGUUUCUACUCAGUCUUUCACCAUUUUCCCAUUCAAGCCGGAAGCAAAGAUUGAUUCUUCUCUAAAGAUUGACUCCACAAUUGUUCAGGUCCAAAACACCAUUGUAGCAAACUUCUUUAAUGGUGAACUCUCUGUUGUGUCCAAUACAAAUGCUUUUGAAGAUGUCCUGACACACGUUGCUGAGCUUUCCUUCAGAGAACAAAAGCUUUCAAUGAAAUCUGACGCAAACACCUUUGCUAUUGGCAUGAAGAUCCGCCAUCAAGCAGAGGCCACUGCUGGCCAAGGCUCAGUCUUCGUCAAGGUGGAGACCAAUGCUGACCACUCUGAAAACCACAUCUACUCUCUGCUGACUACUUCUCUGGAUGCCAAUGGUCUGGCUGUAAACAGUGAUGCUGCUGUGAAGCUCCUUCAGAAUGAGGCUACUCACAAGGCUACUCUGACAAUGAACAAAGAUGGUUUGACCACAAGUGGAAAAAACACCCUGAAGAGCCCCUUGACCCUAGAGAACACCUACAGUGCUGGACUGGAUGCCUCUAAGGCUACUCUGUCCAUUAACAACAAUGCUGCACUGCUUGACAUCAAGAUUGAUAAUGCUAACACUUUGACCAUCACUCCCUCUAAUUUUGACUUCAAAUCGAAAGCUGAAAGUACUUUCACUGAGCAUGCCUCCUACACUCAUGACAUCGCCAUCCACCUGAAGCCCUACACUGCUUCUGCAAAUAUGAAUAACAAUCUGAAGCUUCUGUCCACCAGCUUCGUUAAUGAAGCUCAGUUGAUGGCAGAGCCCUACAGGAUGGACCUAAUUGGAAGCAUGAAAUCUAUCUAUGGUGAGGAGGAAGUCAAGCAUACUUAUCAGAUCAAUUAUGCUGACUUGACAGCCAGUGCUAAGUGCAGCACCACUGGGAAACUCUUUGGAACUCACAUGAGCCAAAACACAGGGCUUGAAAUUAUUGGCCUUGCUGUCAGCAUUACCAAUGAUGCACGCUUCAACUCUCAACCAAUGCGCUUUGACCACACCAUCCGUGCCAGCAUUGUUCCCUUUGACUUCUACUUUGAUGCCAUCUUCAAUGCUGAUGGUGACCUGACCCUGUACGGAAAACACAGUGGACAGCUCUAUGGCAAGUUCCUCCUUAAGGCUCAGCCCCUGGCUUUUGCUACCUCACAUGAGUACAGAGGCUCAGUGACCCAGCAGCUCAACAAUGGAUUCUCCCUGGAGACCACAAUGGACAACAACAUGGACACACUUCUGACUCCUCAGGAACAGAAGGCCACAUUUUUUAUCAAAACAAAGUUGAACAACCAUGCCCUGAACCAGGAGGUUAAUGCCUACAACAAUGCAGAGAGGUUUGGUGUGGAAAUGUCUAGCACAUUUCACACUAGCCUUUUUAAUACAGCCUCAAGUGAAAACCAGGAGUAUGGUAUAGCUGGCUUUCUAAAAUAUGAUAAGAGCACAGAGAGCCACAUGAUUAACCUGCCUUUCAUUGAGAAUUUCCCAGCUUUCCUUGAAGACAUCAAAACAGUUGUUGUGAGUGUGAUGGAGGCAUUGCAUCACUACAUCAAUAAUGAAGACAUUAAGGCCAAAUUAGAGGCUUUUCCCCAGCAUAUGAGUGAUUUUUUUGUCGAACUGAACAUUGAAGAAAAAGCACUCCAGUUUAAGCAGGAUCUGAUUGCUUUUACAGAAGAAUAUGCCUUUACUGCUGAAGACUUGGAGACUUCUCUCCUGAACCUGAAGGCUGGUGUUGAGAAACUCCUGACUGAAAUCGUUUCCCAUGUAGAAGCUGUAUUUUCUACUGUCAAAGAAUUGAUUGUGAGUAGUACCCUGUCUGAAAAUGUGGUCAAGAAAGUCAACCAGCAGUUGGACAUCCUCCUCAAAGAUUAUGACAUCAAGGCUAGUAUUGCUGCUGUUAUUGAUCGCAUGGAAAAUACAAUCAAACAAAUAGACAUGCAAAAACUUACUGCAACUAGUCUUGCCUUCCUGCGUGAUUUUGAUAAUGAUUUUGGAAUCACAUCAAAGUUGGAGAUGAUUUUGAGCAAGUUGAAGCAGUUCAUUGAGAACUUUGACAUUAUCAAGCUUUCUGACGAUCUAAAGAGCUUUAUUUUAUCUCUUAACCUUGAGGCCCAUAUUGAGGAGUUUAUGGCAAAGAUUCCAACAAACUACUUUGGCAAAACAGUUGAAACUCUCAGAGAGUUUAUUCAGAAUUUUGGCAUCCCUGAAAAGAUCAACACAUUCCAUGCUAAUCUGAGAGAGAUGAUUUUAAAGUUCAAGAUUGACAAGAAGGUUGAGGUCAUCUUGGAAAAGGUUGUCGAGCUCAUCAAGCAAUUCAACAUUGAUGAGACUGUCCAAUUUGUAGCUAAUAAGCUGAAAGCCAUUCACAUCCCUACAAAACUCAUGCAGACCAUGGAAGAAGCUAUCAACUAUCUGAAGGCCACUGAAAUAAAGGAUUUAAUAGCGCAACUUAAUUUUUACCUUGACACCAUUCUGCAAAAGCUGAAGUCUUUCAAUUACAAUGCUUUUGCGGAUGAAGUAAAUCUACUAAUUCAUGGUUAUGUUAAAAAUGUGAAUGAGUUUAUUAGGGCACUAGAAAUCCCCCAAAAACUUGAAGCCACAAGAGAAUUUGUCAACUUCAUCUUGUCUUCUUUUAUGGGCUUCACGGAGCAAUUGAGAGAAAUAAGAAUCGCAGAAAUUACUAAAAUUGUAAAAGACAUAAUGAACCGUGCCCUCUUUAACGACUUGAGGAAAUUUGUUGAAACUCUUAAACAGGGUAUUAUUGAAAUUGAUGUCAAAGCUGAGGUUACCUCUUGCUUACAGCUGGCGAGCAAGUUAUAUACAAAUUCCAUGACCAUCAUUGAAGAAAUUUCCAUCAAUAUGUUUGAGGUCAUUCAAAAGGUGACUGAGCAAAAAAUCUUCAGUGAGGUUAAGCAAAUCUUUGAGGGGUUCAUCACUGGACUGAGAUCAGCUGAAUUGGACAUACCAUCUUGGACAUUACCCCUGACUGACCUUGUUUUGCCCUCCAUGAAGCUCAGAAUGGGUCAACUUCAUAAAAUGGAAAUCCCUACACAGCUGGACAUCCCUGAGUUUACCAUCUUGGGCUUCCAUACUGUGACGGCAACCACCAUCUCCUUUGAUGAUAUUAGGCAAAGAAUCAUUGAGCUUAUUGAUUUCAUCGUUAACUUUGAGAUUGAGAUACUUGACAUGGAUGCUUUCUUUGGAGAUAUGACCAUGAAUUACCUCCCUGCCCUGCCUGAGAUUUUCCUCCCGGAGAUUAACUUUGUAGAACUCUCUUUCCCAUAUCUCCCUAAUGUCCCUGCAGAGAAACUUAUUGAGACUCUACAGAUUUCAGAGAUCAAGCUGCCAAUAAUCCCUUCUGAAAUCACGAUUCCAGGAUUUGGCAAAUUGUAUGGUGAAGUUAGAGCCAACUCUCCCAUCUACACUAUUAGGACUGCUGCUCAGCUGCAGAGCUCUCUUGAUGGUGAGAAUAAUCGUGAGCUGACAGCUUUUUUGACUUCCCAUGCAACAUCUCCCAGCUAUGAGAUGCUUAUCUUUAACUUGGAUAGCACUGCUCGCAUUGCUGUCCCCAACAUGCAUCAUGUAAUAGCUGCUGAGACCAUUAAGUUCACUCAUUCUGCUCUUGUAAUGGAACACCAAGCAUCUGUGACCUUCUAUGACCUCUCUGCCCAGGCCCGAGCCAAGACAACAGUAAAGGCAACCUCUGCAAUUUACAGUGCUGAGUUUGUUAAUGAAGCCGUCUUUGCAACAAAGGGUGGUCUGUCUGGUACUAUUGAUACCACCUACAAUCAUAUGCUCAACCUCCCCAUGAUUUAUCUUAACAGUGAGGCAGCUCUGACUCAAAAAGCUGUUGUCCGCCAAGAUGGUACCACCAUUACCCUGACCAUUGGAAAUGAGGGCACUGCUAAAUUCAACUCUCAUGACAGCACCCACAGGAGUGACCUGCACUUCACCAUCAAUCCAAGUAUGACAAAGUUGACCUUCACAAGUGAUACAGACACUGUCCCUCUAAAGACAAAACAAACUCUGAGUAUUGACUCAGUCAUUUUCAGCUAUAUUAAAUUUGAAGCCCGCUCUGAGGCAGAAGGCCCAGCAAUUAAGAACAGCCUGCUGGUGAUAAACGGAAAUGCCAACCUUCAUGAUAUGAGAUUUGAGCUGACGGCAAACCAUGACACAGAGCUGGUCGGUGCCAUUAGUGGAGUCCUGUCUAAUGCAAUCAAUGUUGUUGCACAGCCCAUUGAGGUUGCAUUUGACUUCCAGAACAAGGGCAACACCAAAGUCAGCCUCUAUAAUGCUUUUACUGCCAAGAUUGAUCUUCAGAAUGACUAUUCAGGAAUCUUCAAGCCUGCCACACAAAAGAUUAACACUAUAGUUCUGGCCCGCCUCAAUCAAUAUAAAUUGUUCUGUAACUUCACUGUUGACAACAAUGACAUGGAGGCUGGCAUCCUGGCUGCUGUAGAUGUUGAGACUAAUCUUGAUUUCCUGACAAGGCCUAUCAACCUCCCUGAAAUUAAUCUUCCUUUUGCUGGCAUCCAAACCCCAGCCAUCAAUGGUCUGAACUUAUAUGAGCACACUGGAUUAAAGCACAUCUUGACUACAACUGAGCAGACUUUUGAUGUUGAUGCCAAGAUUGUGUACCAGAAGAGCAAGAACUCCCCCCUUGUCGAUGUGAUGAAUCUGUUUCAGAUUCCUUCUCUGGGUAACCUGAUCACAGAGCUGUCUUUCAAGUCUGCCAUCAUCAAUGUGAAUGUCAAUGCUGGACUGUAUGCCGAGGAUGAUCUCGUGUUCCGUCUGGGAGCAAACACAGCCUCUGUGUUCGAGGCCCUGAAGGCAAAACUUGAUGGCACCACCAGUCUGACCACCAAGAGAGGAAUCAAGUUGGCCAAUUCCCUGUCCCUGGAGAAUCGUCACAUUGAGGGAACUCAUGACAGUGCCGUCAGUGUAAACACUGAAACUUUUGAAACAGCUGUUUCUGUAGCUACAGCUGCCAAGAUUACUCUACCUAUCCUCAACAUGGAAGUAAACCAGAACCUCAUCGCAGACACAAAAUCCAAAGCAAACACUGUCUCCACUUUCAAGCUGAGGGGUGAUUUCAAUGUGCCCAUGAUCAAGGCUGUUGGAAAAGUAGGGGCUGAUCACAGCCUGAAACUCGAGGGAACUUUAGAAUACAUAUCCAUAGAAUCAAUCACUAAAGCAAACACUGAUAGUAGAGUCCUUGAGAACCUUCUGAUUUUGGGAGUCCUGGACAAUGAAGUUAAUCUGUACUUGAAUAGUGAUGGCCUGCGUUCGACAUCCAAGGUCAUUUCUGAUGUCAAACUCCACCAUGGUUUCUCCAAAGUCAUUAGCAUGGAUAUAAAUGAGAACCUGGCUGUUGAGGCUUCCAUGAGCCGCGUGUAUGGACUGCUGAGGUUUACAGGCAACAAUGAAGCUAACAUUUUCACCUUCAACACCAAGGGAAAGCAUGUUGCACAGGCUACUGUUGAUAUUGCACCAACCUCCUCGCUGACUGCUGAUGUUCAGAUUGAUGUGUCUCAGCCAAGCAACCUGGGAGACCUCACUAUCUUUAAGAAAACAAUGGUUGAGCUGACGUAUCCCAAGCAGAUGAUCUCUUUUGAUGGGAAGAUUGUCACCCCAGCAUACGCCACAAAUGUGAAAGCUGAAGUGGAGGGUGACGCACCUGUCUUCAAAGGCACCUUCAAGUCCUCUGCAACCUCAGUUGUUCCUUUCUUGGAUUAUGACCUGGAAUCUGCCAUCACUACAAGCUUUGAAAAUACUGGCCUGAGCCUAACUGGUAAAGCUUUGUUCAACCAUGCUGACCUGACUAUGGAGAUUCAGCAUGUUCUCUCUCAUUAUAUGAGUGGCUCACGCCACACCUUCAAUGUGGACAUCACAAGCCCCAUCUUCACGGAUGUGAAUUUCCGCUACUCUGCCCGGAAAGAUGGAAUCAGCACAUCUGUAUCCAUCCCAUCUAGUGGCUUCCUUGGUCUUCAGUUCCAUGGCAGACUCCCCUCUCAGAUGAGUGGCAGGCUCUAUGGUCGCUAUGCUUCUGCUCCUGAGAAUGAUGUUGACUUUUUCACAAUCCGAGCUUCUGCCAGAGAUGCUGAUAAGAUGAAUUUAAAGGUGACCUUCAACUCCGAAGCCCCUGAAAUUAUGAUGUAUGGGUUAAAGGAAAGACUCCCUGCCAUCACUGCUUCUCUGACCACCUUUGGUGAAAAGUACCAGCUUUUUGGAUAUGCAGCUAUGCUUAAGAGCGCCAUCAUGAACCACAUUGAAGAAGUCUACAACACCGUCAGCAACCAUGCCCCACAUCUGAGCCAGCUGUCCAUCCUCUUCAGAAACACUGUUGUCCAGUAUCAGAAGACUGUCCAGGUCUUCUUGGAUGCUGCUGUCAAGGUCCUGAGGGAGUCAAGGUUCAAACUACCAGGCUCUUCAAAGAUGACCACUCUCCCUGAGGUCCUCAACAAGCUGACCAGCACUAUUGUUGUUAUGGUAGAUUAUGCCAUCCAGCUGACAGGUGAAAAUUUAGAGUAUGGUCUCAAUGCUGUGAGUCAUACGGUUAGUAACGUUCAGGUCACUAUGCCCACUGGUGAUGUCAUGACUGGAGCCCAGAUAAUUGAUCAGCUUAGGAACACAGUGAAGACAACCCUUAGCAACAUUUUGAGAUUUGUAAAGCACCUGGAGCGUCUAGACAUCAUCCUAGAAAAGGUUGGUGAAACCAUGCAGGCCCUUGUUAACAAAACUCAAGAGUUUGUUGACAACACCCUGAAGUCUGACCUUCUUGAGGUCAUGGCGUUCUACAUCAACGCUUUCUAUAGCAACCUCAUAAGCCUGAUCAGAGAUGCAAUGGAGCAUGCCAAAAAUGCCGUGGGCAUUGAACAUUCGAGUGAUAUCACUGAUUACGUAAUGGAUGUUGUCAGAUCCACGGUUAACUAUUUCACCAACACCAUCUAUAGUUUUAUGAAGCAGGCUCCUGCUGAGCUUAGGGCUUAUGUGAAAGUUGAGGGACGUAGGAUUGAGAUCAACCUUCCAUUCUACCUCUACCACUGACAAAGUCUCACGCAUAAAAAAAAUUAACGCUGUGAAACACUAACAUCUCAGAAUAAAGUGAGACAGUCAUUUGAGCAAUAACUAAUAUUGUUGAGUAACUAACAACCUGUACAUAGAAUUAAUAAAGGCACUG